CGAUCUGAUCUCGGGGACCUUGGCUUAAUACUACAAUAAUCCCUCAGUGGACUUUAAUGAGUGGGCGUGAGAGGAGGUUUUCUGACCAUUAUGAGGGUGGGUUCCGGGAGGAGAAGAGAUCAGUAAGAGAAGUCACCACCCAUAAAUCACUUUUAAUUAUAAUUAUCACUUAUUUUGUGAGCUCAUGUGACAAGAGAGGGUUUAUAAAGAGAGGAAGAGAUCAAGUUUAUUGCCGCAUAUUCAUAAUAGUAAUCCUAAGCAGUGAUAAACCAAGGGAUUUUACAAGCAGAGGGAGUACUCGGGAAGACAACUGGGAUAUAACACAGCAUUCUCUUUUAUCUCAUCGUCACUCUUUGGACCAUGGGUGCUCGUGAGUCGACAUUUGCCUUAAAUGCGCGGGGUGAGUAUGAAACGGCGUCACUAGAUCGCGCCACCAGCAGGAAGGGGAAGAUCAGGCGCCACACAGUAGGGGGAUCAGGCAUCGCAGGGGACAUCAUGAGGGCCGAGGAAGAGGUGAAGUUAAAGCAGAGGGAUGCCCUAUUUGACCAUCUGGCCCAGAGGUACCCCCAACAUUCCAACACAAUACAGGGGUACCAUCAGAGAGUACCGGACCCUGCUAUGGAGGUUCGACCCUCAAGUGUUCAGAUGCAGAGAAGAAUGGUUGCUCAGGACCAACGCCAGCAUUACGGAUACGAAGAAGAGGAUGAUGGAAUUAUGUCUGAGGCAGAAACAGAGGCCACAGGAAAUUUUCGUCGAGGAGGAUUUGUCCGUUCCAGUCUCCCUAUGAGGUCCCCGCGUGGAGAAAGACCACCAGCCUUGGUAUUUUUGGUCUUCAACGGAGCCACAAAGCGAGCUCUCCUGCCUCCAGAGCUGGCUCACUUAGACACAAUCAAGGCUCUCUUUGCUCGCUCGUUUGGUGACCAACUCAACAUGAAGAUGUUAGAAAACCCCCGCAAGAAGAUCUUUGUCAUGGAUCCCAACAGCAACUACUAUCGCCCUCUAGAGGAUGUGAGAGAUAUCCGUGACCGUUGUGUUCUGAAGCUCCAUGACUUAGACAGUAAAGACACGCUUCAGACUAAGCCAGUUUACUAUGGCAACAGAAACUAUGAGGACCCUAGCUACUACUCUGAGCCAGAGUAUGACUCUGGAGUGUCUCACAUGCGCCGUCCACCCACCAAGUCACCCACGUAUCAUGGCUAUCCUCCACAACAGCAGCAAGUGGUGGCAGGCCGUCCUCCUGGGAGAGGCCCCACCCCCACAGGGCAGUGGGAAGGGCAGAGGGGAAGAACCACGCCCACAUCUCAGCCAUAUGGACCUCCUCAAAGACCUCCCCCUUCACCAGGACCUCAUCAAGGCUACCCACCCCAACCCUCCAGACAGAUGGCGGCCCAGAGUUUACCCACCACCCCCAUCAUGCAGCGUGACCCCCGCACCAUGAACUAUAACAAUGCAUACCAGAGUGGCACCAGGUCUGGGAAUGUGACCCCCACACCUAGCAACGACCCUGGAACAAGAAUGCAGAUGGCCAAGAUGGAGGCUCAGCUAGCCAACCUGACAGCCCUGGUCCACAAUGUGGUCAGUAGACCAGGCAGUGCAGCCGGCAGUUUGACUGGGAGUCACAACAGUGGCAGUGCCUCUAGUAUAUCUGGUGGCUCCACCUCUACGCCGCAGCCAGAGAUAAGUUCUGAGGUACAGGACUCCAUCAGAGGACUCCAGGCAAAGGCCAAGGAACUGAAGACAGAGUGUCGCAAUCUCAGACGGAUACAAGAGGCACAGGCUGAUAACAUACGGGAUACUAUAAGAGAAGCUUUUGAAAAAAUAAAGGAUGCCAUGACAGGAGUACCAGGGGCGUCUGGACACCCACUGAGAGCCAGACGGAGUAGAGCAGAUGUCCAUUGUGACACAUUUAAACAGGACUGCAAGAGAGUGGAAAAUGAACUGAGUGAUCUAGAAUCAUCAGUUGAAGAACUUCGCAGUGAUGUCAUCAACAGACGGUGCAGGGUCAAUAUGGCUGACGUGGAAUCCAUGGCGCUGGCACUGAGUCAUAUUAGCAAAGCACUUGGAGAGUUGAAAGGUGGCUUCCCUGUGUUACAAGAGGAGCUGAAGACGGUAAUGACAGCAGAGAUGGAAGUGGUCGUUAAGGAAGAAAAAUAUUUGAAGGAUGAGCCAGAGAGACUGGAGAGUGCAUUAAAGAAGUGCAAAAAACUUACAGGAACUCUUUUUACUCUAAAAAGGUUGGCUUCCGUACAGGAACACCGGACCCCAGUGGUGCCCCAGCUGAUGACAAUGACAGUUGGGGAAGACGAGAAGAAAGCUUUGUUUGAAAAUAUACAACACAUGAUUCCCAAUCACGAUGCCAGGAUGUUAAGUAUAGAGGCCUCUGAAAACUCGAGAGAAAGGAAGAAAAAGCUUGUCACAUCUCACGAAGUCCGAAAGUUUGAGAAGUCCCUGGAACUGGCCAGCAGGGCACUGAGAGAGAAACGAGAGAAGGAAGUGGAGGAGGAAGAUGCCAGAAAGAAACUAGAGGGGGACUCUGGAAUUAUGAACGAUAUGUCAAAUACUUCAGAUCCCAUGCAACCGGAGCGUGACGGGUCAGAGACUGACACCAUGAAACGCCGCAAAGCACUUCGAGAACUCUCACCCGAAAAAGAGACCUCCAUAGAUGAUGAUUUGGAGAAACCUCAGUCAUCAUCUCAUGCCCCGCCCCUUGCCCCACCCUCUUUGGCACAGAGCCAACAGUCCGCUUUCAAGCGGGUCAUUCCAGGGGGAGGCUACAUAAGGCCAGCUACUCUCAAACUGCCGGCCAGGGGACCAUUAGCCGGGAGCUACCAGGUGGCGUCACAAGUCGCUGUCCAAAGCGUGACAGAGAAGCAGCAGAUAGCGGUGACACAAGUCGCACACAGCCAUACCUUGCCGAGGGAACAAAAUUCAAAGAGCCAUCUGAACAGGACAAAUCAAUCUCAGAUCAGAACCAACAGCAGGCAAAAAGUUUUGGGUCCGCACAUGAUGACAUACCUAUGAUGGACGAUGAAAAUGGUGCUGAAAAAGAUGAUGAAUCUCCAGUGCGCGAUGAAAAUUAUGUCAAAGGUCAGGGCGAAGGUCAGAAAGGGGCAUCUGGCCAGG